AUGGGUACUUAUCCAAAGAAAAGUUCCGCAGAAUGGUUCAUAGACCAAUUAAAUGUAGAAAAUGCAAAAUUACUCGCAUUUGCACUAGUCAUCGGUUUUAUUGGGUACCACGGUAUUCUACAUUUACGUUAUGGGCCUGACUCAUGCACUUGGUUGUUAUCAUCAGGAAGGUACAAAGGAGAUCAUGAAUGGCAACCUUAUGGAUGUAUGUUGCAUAAAUAUUCUAAAACAGAUGCAAGAAGAUGUUUGCGGUAUUUAGCAUUUUGGGGCAAAUACAAUAGUUUUGCAUUCAUCGGGGACUCGAGAUUGGAACAGUUGUAUGAAUAUUUUAUAGGUGUUCUUAGGACUCGUCUUAAGCUAGAUUCUUCAUAUUCAACGAUAGACCAUCACCAGCCGAAUUACACAUAUGUUGAUAAUAAAUUAAAAUUAUCAGUAACAUUCAUAUGGAGUGAAGAUGUUUCAAGGACUAUGGUGGAACAGUUUAGGACCUGGCAAUAUUCUGACAGGCCUCCAUCCGUGAUAGUGGCUAGCAUCGGUCUUAAUUUGGUGAAGACCCACAACGCUACGGAACCCAUAUUAGAGGAAUAUAAACGUAACCUCACACAGUUGGUCCAACCGAUAGAUUCGUUAUCAGGUAGAGGGAGCCAGGUGUUGUGGAAGUUGUUGGAGGACGUGGAUCAGAAGACUGUGAAGAUCAGCAACAGUGAUAUAGACGCUUACAACAGAGCUGCUGUUGAGAUCCUCCAACACAGCGCGACUAAGAUAUGGAACUCGGCCCGCCUUGCCGGAGCGCCGGGCGCCGGGCCAGGGCUCCAGCACGCGGCGCAGAUACUCCUCAACAUGUUCUGUAAUGACCACAUGAAUUUUAACGACGGGACAUGCUGCGCGCAACCCGAGCCAUGCACACAACUACAGUUACUCACCUUCGCGUUGUUUCUGCUCUGCGCAGUACUGGCCGGUGUACGAUGGUUGUGGAAGUGGUCGCAAGGAAUCAAGCAACGAAUGGAAGGUUACGCUCUCGUUAACGCAGUACAGAAUGAAACACCAUCAGCUCUCGUGGCUAUGGCAAAAUUAGGCAUGAUAAUGGCCUAUUUCUAUCUAUGUGAUAGAACUAAUUUCUUUAUGAAGGAGAAUAAAUAUUAUUCUGAAUGGAGUUUUUGGCUACCAGUCGGUUAUGUGUUCGCGUUGGGCCUGUUCUUCACUGAUGAAUCUAGAUCAAGCAGUCAUUCAAGAGUGCUUCAUCGCGAACAAACAAACGAGUGGAAGGGCUGGAUGCAGCUUGUGAUUCUAGUUUACCAGGUCACAGGUGCUAGCAAGGUGUUGCCUAUAUACAUGCUAGUUAGGGCGCUCGUCUCUUCCUACUUAUUCCUGACUGGAUAUGGCCACUUCUACUACACGUGGAAAACCGGGGACACCGGGCUUGUGAGAUACUUCAGAGUUAUCUUCAGGUUGAACUUCCUCACCGUUGUUCUGUGUCUCACUAUGAACAGACCAUACCAGUUCUAUAGCUUCAUACCGCUGGUGUCGUUCUGGUACACCUUGAUGUUCGCGAUCUUCUCCCUGCCCCCCCACCUCUCACCCCCUCACUCCCUAGAGCCGUACCAGUCAGUGUACACGGUCAUCAAGACGCUGGGUCUGUUGUCGAUGGUGACGGUGCUGUACAUGAGCGAGGUGUUCUUCCAGAAGAUCUUCCUCAUGAGACCCUGGAAGGCGCUGUUCGUGAACUCCGAUGAUGAUAUACGACAGUGGUGGCUGGAUUGGAAACAGGAUCGCUACUCGAUGGCGUACGGUAUAAUAUUCGCGGCGGCUUAUCUUCUAGCACAGAAGUAUAACUUACUGGACGACAACAACCACAGCAACUUGUUCACUCCUGGCAUCGCGUUGACCGCUACCCUAUUAGCGUUCAUUGCGUUAGGAAGUUACAUAACAUUCACGUUUUUCUGCACCAACACAUUUGAUUGCAAUGAAAUUCAUUCCUACGUGACUUUUUUGCCCAUCAUUGGGUAUAUUAUACUGAGGAAUGUGUCUGGUGUACUUCGGACUAGACAUUCUAGUCUUUUCGCGUGGUUUGGGACUAUAACGUUGGAACUAUUCGCCAGCCAGUCACAUAUAUGGUUGGCGGCUGAUACUCAUGGCGUUUUGGUCCUUGUUCCUGGCGUGCCAGUCUUUAAUCUGAUACUGACGUCAUAUAUUUUCAUAUUCACCGCUCAUGAGAUACAUAAAUUAACAGGAAUUAUUCUUCCUUACGCUGUUCCCGACGAUUGGAGGUUAGUUUUAAGAAAUUUUGCAAUUUUCCUAGCGAUUUUGGUCCCUAUUGGCAUACAUGAUGGUAUGUUUUAG